AUGGCGUCGACCUCUGCUGCCGCUCGUGGCAGCCAUCUUCCUCAGUCCGAUUCGCGCGUCUCCCAGCCACGCUUAGCAUAUCGUUCCUCGCUGGAUGACCAAGCGCCCAGCACCGGCGACGACUCGGACGAACCGCCUUCCUUCUUCGUUCGUGCGCUCUACGACUUUGAAUCCAACGAUGCAAGCUCGCUCUCCUUCAGCAAAGGCGCUCUCAUCGAGGUGCUCACCCAGCUCGAGUCUGGCUGGUGGGACGGUCUGCUCGAUAACCACGUCCGUGGCUGGUUCCCCUCCAACUAUGUAGAGCCCAUCUCGGAUCAGGAAGCAGAGGUCGAGCUCAUAGCACGCGCCCAAAUGCAUGCGCAGUACAGCCUCGGCCUCUCGUCGCAAUCUUCCAUCGAAUCCGACUCCUUUUCCCGCCUCGGCUUUGGCGCUGGCUUCGACGGCCUUCAAGCGCUCAUCAAGGGCGACGAGAUAGGCAACAGUGACGCCUUCAGCCAGCUUGCUGAAGCUGCCAUGCUCGAUCCGAGGAGGCGUAUAUUCGACCCAGCUAGCCCCAAUACCACACAAGCGUCCGUCAACCAUCAGUCCAAUGCGUCACCGUACCGACGCGUUCCAUCGUCUUCUUCGGCAGACACGCGCUCGGCAACUCUUGAUUCUGGCGUGCCGGCUUACCCUCGUACCGCAGACGCGCGUGUCCAGUCAACAAGUACUAUCUCGGCCUCGGAACAACUUCUCGCCUUGGAACGCGAACGCGCCAGAGCUGCUUCCGUCUCAGACCCUGUUCAGUCCCAUUCCACAGCAUCGGCGUCUUUGGCUGCAGCUGCGGCUGCGGCAGCUGCUAGACCGAGAGCCGCUACGGGCACACAAGCUUCGUCGAGCAGAUUGCAACCGCAACCCAUGAUCCGCACUUCCUCGUCUGGCCAAACCAGCUCGGCCGACUCGCGCAAAGACUACUACGAUGCCAACCACCUUGGUCCAGACAACAGCAGGCCCACCUCGCUAAGCACCAGUGGAGAAUCGCGACCCUCUUCCGCCAACAGCAGCAACACGGCCAUCUUCCACAACGGCACCACCCCCGUCCGCGCACCGAGCGCCAACACGGCCGAUCGCAUGCCUAAUCCGACCAGCGUACCCAGGCCUUGGAAGUUGAGGCUGAGCGACGAUGAAAAGUACUUCUUCUAUGUCCACCGCCUCACACACGAGAUCCGAUGGAAUUACGCCGAUGCAAAGACCAAGCUCACCAUUCUCUCGAAUGUCACGCCUCGCAGUCGCUCGCCCAAGCAUUCGACGGUUGCGGCGAAUGCGAACCUCGAGCACAGUAGAGGCGCGCCCAACCUCGGAGCAGGACUCAACGUCACCCAGGGUAUUUCGGCGCUCCAUCUCGAUUCGGACGAUUCGGAUCUCGACGGCGAUAUGAAUUCUGCUUUGCCAGGCAAGCCUCCUAAGGUGUUCCCCUCCGACAAUGCCAAUCGAGGUGGCAGCACAUCCUCGAGUCUUGCUGCGUUCGCCCACCAUCCUGUGCUUUCGCCGCCAAAGAUCUCGCCACCGACACUGCUGCAUGAGGAAACGGCGGCUUAUGAACUGCAAAAAUCGCUGGCACCAGCGUCAAUGCCACCUGUCAGUCUGCUGGUCCGGCGCGCCAACGAGGUGAUUCGACAAUUGGCCACGAUUGCCACGGAACAAAUCGGUACCAAUGGUCUGGCAGAAUCGGAUGCUUCGCCCUGCAGCCCUGCAGAGGAUGGUGUCUAUCUGCCGAGGUUGGCUCACGCUACCGCUGACGUGGUGGCAGCCAUUCGCGAGGUGCUCUAUGCCACUGGCUCGCUUUCGCUCUCCACCAACGACCUCGCGUCCAUUUCCAAACUCGUUGCUAGCAAAGCAUCUCAAACCGAUGACGCCAAAUCUUUGCCAGAAAGCGCAUCUGCCUCGGAUAGCGUCAACCUCGAUGUCUAUUCCAGUGUGCUCCACUCGCUCUACACUUUGACACACGGUGCCGACGCUGCCACUCUGAACUUGUUUGGCGUUAACCCGAAGGAUUCGGCCGCACCGACCCCAGCAGCUCUGCAACCCAUCGGACGCAAACUCAACGCAGUCGUCUCCAAGCUCGUCCUCUCGUCGCGUCAAGUCAUCGAUCACACCGUUACGCUUGCCUCGUCGCCUACCUCGGGCAUGGAAAGCACCAUGACGGAUCUCGACGCGGAUGUCUUCUCCAAGCUCUACAAGUGCAGGCAUCGACUGCGCGAAGAUGCUCUCGAGCUCAUGCGUACGCUGCAGAGCCUCAGCUCUGAAGCGGAAAAGUCGAGAAGCACUGCGCUCGGAGCACCGCACAGUCGAGGAUGGUUGCGCAGAGUGGAGGGCAGUUUCGAGAGCGAUAUGGGUCUCAACGGCGUUGGUCCCACGUCGUUUGGCAGCGGGAUGGCCGCUGGUUGGCUCGGAAACGGGUUUGUGCUGCCGUCCAAGUACGAGACUGCGUUGAUCAAGGCAGAGAGCAAGGGUGUGCGCAGCAAUCCGUUUGACCAGCGCAGGGAAACAGAGUCGGCGGUGGUGCGCGGUUUAUUGACCCUGCGACGCAUUCCCGAGAAGCGGUUGGAUCAGCAGAUGAUCCGUCAGUUGCAGCAAGCUCUUGCCCAGCUCGAAUCUGCGAGGGAAACGGCAAUCGACGCAGCACAGAAAUCGAGCACGAGCAGCAGCAGCAGCAACAUUGCUAAAUCUGUAACGUCCAUCCUUUCUCGGUUCGGGGUUCUGGAAGGCUUGAUCGAGAGCAUCGAUCUCGCGGUCGGUCUCGACGUCGAUGGUCCCAACGCCAAAGAAGCCAGAUCAUCACCAAUCAACGAACGCAACACUGCCAAUGCAAACAAGGCGCGGGACCUGUUGCGACGCUUUGUCGUGCUCAAGCAAGUCGCCUACGACGCAUCGUGCUUGCUCCUCCUCGCUGUUCAGGAGCACAGCAGCCAUGCAUCUGCAUCCACGACCGCUGGCAGCAUCGCCAGCGUGCUGCAAAAGCAUGGUCUCAAGCUGGCCAAGUUAUCUUCUGCAGUCGUCAAGACACUCGAAGAACUCGCCCAAGUGGGCGAAGAGCAGCUGAAGGAUGCAUCGCCUUUCCUCGGCGCGCGUGCCUCGGUGUAUGGCUCGGAUGACGGCGUUAGCCUGCCUUCGACGCGUGUGUUUUCGCGCAAGGGCAAUCACACCAGCAACGGUCUGCACGAAGAAGUAGAGGAGAUGGCACGCUACGGCAGGGGUGAUCACGACGAGCCGGAUGGAGAGGCCGAGUUCAUGUACCUGGGGCCGGUCAUCGCCGUGCCCAAUGGACCUCGGUCGAGGUCGGCUAGUCGCGCGACGACGGGCUCGACGACAAAUUCGCCUGUGACCAGCUUGGCUCCAGGCCGGAUGGGUUCGACGUCGUACGCUUCCAGCAGCUACCGACAGCGGUCGACUUCGGUCACGACGGGCGGCUCUGCGCGCUCGAUGCAGUCGUACACGGACGGAUCGAACCGCAUCCUCAGUCGCCGGGGUACGCUGGUCGAUGGAAACGCGCCAGGGAGCAUCGACGAGGAUGGCGAGUCGAUCCGUACUGGCAGUGGGAAGCUGCGCCGGCUGUUGGGUGACGACACUCCUCUCACGCACACAUUGACUCAGGACAGCGAACACAGCGUCGGAACCAACAGUACCGCGCUUUCAACGAUGGGCCGACGCAAGGAGGACGAGGUGCCGUGGUUCCUCGAGCCAGACUAUAUGGGCGAUGACAUUGUGAUUGCUCAGGACGGUUCGGUGAAAGGUGCUACCCUCGAGGCCCUGCUUGCGCGCCUGACGAUGCACAACUCGUUUGACGCCUCGUUCAACAAUACGUUCCUCAUGACGUACCGUUCGUUCACGACGACGCAGACGCUGCUCGACCUGCUGGCGCAGCGGUUCCGGAUCUUGCCGCCCGAUGGGCUGAGCGACGAGGAGCUGGUGCUGUGGACCGAGAAAAAGCAGAUGCCCAUCCGUCUGCGUGUGUUCAACGUGCUCAAGAUGUGGCUCGAGAUGCAUUUCUAUGAGGGCGAGGACGACCCGUACCUGGAUCAGGUGCGGCGAUUUGCUGUCGAGGAGAUGGGCGAGGCCGCGUCGAUGAAGGCACCGUCGCAGCAUUUGCAGCGCUUGGUGGAACGGCGGCAGGGCGAGGGCGAGCAGAUGAUCCGCAAGAUGGUGUUCCCGAAUUCGGCGCCGGCGCCGAUCUUGCCCAAGAACCUCAAGAAGCUCAAGUUCCUCGAAAUUGAUCCGUUGGAGUUGGCGAGGCAGCUGACGCUGCUCGAGUCGCGACUGUACAACAAGGUCAAGCCGGCCGAGUGUCUGGGAUUGAAGUGGACCAAGCCGGGCAACGAUGUGCAUGCCAAGGGGAUUAUGGAUAGCAUCAACACGCACAAUCGGAUUUCGGCGUGGGUGGCCGAGACCAUCUUGCAGCAGGAGGAUCUCAAGAAGCGCGCUGCGCUCAUCAAGCACUUCAUCAGCAUUGCCGACCGGUGUCGGGCGCUCAACAACUUUUCGGGCAUGUGGGCGAUUGUGUCGGCGCUGUCGACGGCGCCGGUGCACAGGUUGCGGCGCACGUGGGAUGCGGUUUCGCAGAAGCAUGUAUUGGUGUUCGAGUCGCUCGAGACACUCAUGUCUGCGUCGCGCAAUUGGGCCAACUACAGGGAGACAAUUCGCAAGCUCAAGCCGCCGUGCGUGCCGUUUUUGGGCCGCUACUUGGGCGACUUGACGUUUAUUGAGGACGGCAACAGAGACCGGCUGAAGGAGAACGAGUCGCUGAUCAACUUUGGCAAGAGACAGAAGACGGCCGAGGUGAUCCGGGAGAUCACUAUCCACCAGUCGACGCCGUACAACCUGGCGCCCGUUCCGGCGUUGGAGAAGUACAUCGAGAAGAACCUGGUCGAUGCGAGGUCCGCGGACGACCUGUACGAGCAGAGUCUGGCGCUCGAGCCGAGGGAGAGGGAGGACGAGAAGAUUGCACGCUUGCUGCAGGAGAGCGGGUUUUUGUAG